AUGGAAAUGGAAGAAUUAAAUAACUAUUCAAAAUAUAAACUCGAAGAAAUUUUUGCCCAAAAAGCAGGAUUGAGUUAUUUAGGAUUUGAACAUUUAAAAAAUUGUGAACAUAUUAAAAAAAUUAGAUUGAUUGCUUGUCACUUUUUAAAUGAUCAAUGUUUAAAUAAAUUAUCAUAUGUAAAAAAUUCAUUAGAAUUUUUGGAAAUAAGAUCAAGUUUUUUGGUUCACAAUAAAGGAAUUUUAUCACUGUCACAGUUAAACAAUUUAAAAACCCUAAUUUUAGCCGAUUUACCCGAAGUGGAAAAAAAAGGAGAAUGUGAAGCAGCUUUAAAAAAAGCUUUAACUAAUUGCAAAAUUGUUUUUGAAUAA